AUGAACAGCAAAGCCUCUGUCUCCAGGGAGCUUAAUGCCAGGCACACCAAGAUAUUAGAGGGCCUUGUUAAGCUGCCGGAGAACAGAGAAUGUGCUGAUUGUCAUAGCAAGGCACCACGAUGGGCAAGUGUGAACCUUGGAAUAUUUAUAUGCAUGCAAUGUUCAGGAAUUCAUCGGGGUCUUGGGGUGCAUAUUUCACAGGUACGAUCUACUACACUGGAUACAUGGUUGCCAGAGCAGGUUGCUUUCAUGCAAUCCGUGGGUAACAGAAGGUCUAAUAGUUACUGGGAAGCAGAACUGUCUCCAAAUUUUGACAGAAGUGGGAUUGAAAGAUUUAUCCAUGCCAAGUAUGGGGAGAAAAGAUGGGUUUCAAGAAAUUCAAAACAACCAACUCAAGUUUUCAGUGGAAUUAACUAUAACAAUGGCAUGUUUGUAGAAGAUGCAGCCAAAAGGAGGGUUCCGAAGCAAACACGACCACAAUCUCUUGAUGAAGAGAGUUUUACCAGGCUCACGGCACAACUUUCUCCUCCUGUGACAAGACCCCGUUGGGCUUCUUUGGACAUGAAGAGCUAUCCAAUUUCUUUAACUGCAACGAGGGGACUAACUGAAUCUUGCAUAAAGAAGACUGAUGGUCCAACAGACCUCUACAACUUGCUUUAUUUCGAUAAUACGAAACAGGAUACUGCCUCUACUGCAACUCCUUCGAGCUGGGCAACUUUUGAUUGUAAGAAAAGAUGUGUGGAUCGAGCAGACGGAGCUACUUCCCAGCUGGUUGAGGCAGACCAUGGUAUGGAUUACCAACUAGCCAUUAAAGUAUAA